AUGCCUACGAAUAGUAUCAAAUUACUUGCAGGUAAUUCGCACCCUGGGUUAGCUGAACUUAUCUCCCAAAGAUUAGGCUUACCAUUAUCUAAAGUCGGAGUUUAUCAAUAUUCAAAUAAAGAAACAUCAGUAACUAUAGGAGAGAGCAUUCGUGAUGAAGAUGUGUACAUUAUUCAGACGGGAUAUGGAGAGCAUGAAAUAAACGAUUUUCUAAUGGAACUACUUAUCCUUAUUCACGCCUGUAAGACCGCCUCUGUAAGACGAAUUACAGCCGUCAUACCAAAUUUCCCUUACGCCAGACAAGAUAAAAAAGAUAAGUCCCGUGCACCCAUUACUGCAAAGCUGAUUGCUAAUCUCUUAGAAACUGCCGGUUGCGAUCAUCUUAUCACUAUGGACCUCCAUGCUUCUCAAAUUCAAGGGUUUUUUCACAUUCCGGUUGAUAAUCUAUACGGAGAGCCAAGUGUAUUGAAUUACAUAAGGACCAAGACGGAUUUCAAGAAUGCGAUACUGGUUUCGCCAGAUGCUGGUGGUGCUAAAAGAGUUGCCUCUAUUGCGGAUAAACUAGACAUGAAUUUUGCACUGAUUCAUAAAGAAAGACAGAAGGCCAAUGAAAUUUCACGAAUGGUGCUUGUCGGUGAUGUUGCCGGAAAAUCGUGUUUACUAAUCGAUGACAUGGCUGACACAUGUGGAACACUAGUAAAAGCCUGUGAUACUUUGAUGGAUCAUGGUGCCAAAGAGGUAAUCGCUAUUGUUACACACGGUAUAUUUUCUGGUUCAGCAAGAGAUAAAUUAAAAAAUAGUAGGUUGUCAAGAAUUGUUUGUACCAACACAGUGCCUGUUGAUUUGAAUUUGGACAUACUCGACCAAGUUGAUAUCAGUCCGACGAUCGCAGAAGCCAUUAGAAGAUUGCAUAAUGGUGAAUCGGUCUCUUAUUUAUUUACAUAUGCACCUGGUUAG